AUUAUUAUUUUUGGUGAAAGGCAGUCAUUAUGAAAGUAACAGUCUGUUUUGGGAAGACUGCCAUUGUGGUUCCUUGCAAGGAUGGAAAGAUGAGCAUGAGAGAGUUAAUCCAGCAAGCUGCGCAGAGGUACAUCAAAGCCCGAGAAAAAGAACCUGGAUACUGGGUGAAGAUCCAUCAUUUAGAAUACAAAGACGGAGGCAUCCUAGACCCUGACGAUCUCGUAGCAGAUGUUGUAGAAGACAAGGACAAGCUUAUUGCUGUGUUUGAUGAACUUGACACUUCCAGCAGAACUGAUGGACUGACCAGCCUCACAGAUCAUCUCAGCACAGACUCCUUGGAAACUGAAUUAGCAACUCAGUUUUCAGCGCUCCAGCCGCUUCGAGGAGAAAUUGAAGUUACACCCUCGGCUCUUAGACUCGGUACCCCCCUGCUGGUGAGACGGAGUAGUGACCCCACGGUGGGCCCUGCGGCUGAUUUCCGACAAGGUUCUUCCUAUCCUGCUGAUCACAGCAGCAAAGAUGCUAUGCCGGGUUCAUCUAAACCACUUGCAGUAGAAGAUCAGGAAGAAUAUCUGAAGAUACCUAAAUUCAGAUAUGCUUACAGUGGUUUGACAAGAAAGGUAGAGAUUUCAGGGGAUGAUGGACCAUUGGGGAUCCAUGUUGUGCCUUUCUAUUCUUCUCUUAGUGGACGGUCUUUGGGAUUGUAUAUUCGAGGAAUAGAGGAAAACAGUCGUUCUAAGCGAGAUGGUCUGUUCCAAGAGAAUGAAUGCAUUGUAAAAAUUAAUAACGUUAUACUUCUAGACAAAUCUUUCACACAAGCUCAAGAAAUCUUCCGUCAAGCAAUGAAGCAGCCAAAUGUUCUUGUGGAAGUUAUCCCAUCACAAAACAGAGAACUGUAUGAAAAGUCAGCCAUUGCUUCUUUGCCUAUUUUGGAUAAUGAAGAUAAUGAUGACAUCCCAAAUAUAAAGCCUCCUCCACCUCCCACCAAUGGACAAUUAAAGAUGGCCGGACAGACAAAUGGGCUGGAUUCUCAGGGUUUUAUGCAACCUCCCCUGAGUCCGGACCUGGUUUCUCAAAGUGGCCAGUUCUCUCCAUCAUUUUCUCCUCUUGUGUUUGGGAAUAAGAAAAAUGCCAUGAAAAUACGUAUUGACCUCAAAAAAGGUGCAGAUGGGCUCGGAUUCACUGUGGUCACCAGAGACUCCUCUCUGCAUGGGCCUGGGCCUAUUUUUGUUAAAAAUAUCUUGCCCAAAGGGGCUGCAAUAAGGGAUGGACGAUUAUUAUCCGGGGACAGAAUAUUGGAGGUAAAUGGAAAAGAUAUGGUCGGAAAAACGCAGGAAGAGCUGGUCGCCAUGCUGAGGAGUACCAAACUGGGUGAUACCGUUUCACUGGUCGUCGCACGGCAGGAUGAAGCCCUUCUACCUCGUGAACUGAAAGGAGAGGCAGACCACCUUGUGUUCCCUCCAGACAACACUGCCCAGAUGACAUUUGAGAUCCCACUGAAUGACACUGGUUCGGCUGGUUUGGGAGUAAGUCUAAAAGGAAACAAGGCCAGAGACACAGGAACUGACUUGGGGGUUUUCAUCAAGUCCAUCAUUCAUGGAGGGGCAGCCUUUAAGGAUGGUCGUCUAAGAAUGAAUGACCAGCUUCUGGCAGUGAAUGGGGAGAGCCUACUGGGAAAAUCAAAUCGAGAAGCUAUGGAAACGCUACGGAGGUCAAUGUCCAUGGAGGGAAAUAUCCGUGGGAUGAUCCAACUGGUUGUCCUACGUAGGCUGGAUCGCCAACCCGAGAAUCGUUCAGAAAUGGCUACUGCCUUGAAGAAUACGUUGGAGAAUCCAUCUAUAAAAGAUCAGGAUGGCGUGACAGAAAAACUGAAAGAUUCAAAGCUAUUUGAUGAAAGGAUCCAACAGAAUGACCUGCCACCACCUUUACCACCUCACCCCAAAGAGCACAUUAUACAUGAGUAUUCUGGUUCUAGAGAAGAAAAUUCCCAACAGACAGAUUCAGUUAACCUGAAGGCCUCCAAGAGCAUGGACCUUGUGGCAGAUGAAAGGAACGUUGCCUCUUUGACUGUGCAGAAGUCAGUGUCUCCAGGAAAAGACUUAGGUCCACGUCUAGGACUCAAAAAGUCCAGUUCGUUAGAGUCUCUGCAGACUGCCGUGGCAGAAAUAAAAAAGAACGAUCUUCCUUUCUAUAGACCCAGACCACAUAUGGUCCGCGGUAGGGGCUGCAAUGAGAGCUUCCGCGCUGCCAUUGAUAAGUCUUAUGAUGGGCCGGAGGAAGAAGAAGAUGGCCUUUCUGAUGUGAGUUCCCACUCUGGCCGAGGGACCCCCUCCGGUGAGUCAGCCCCUUGGAAUCCGGCUUCCGAGGAUGCUGACAAAGUCAAGAAAGACAAGAAAAAGAAAGACAAAGGGAAGGAGAAGGGCAAGACUAAAGUGAAAGAUAAGAAAAAGAAGGAAGAAAGUGAAGAGCAGGAGAAAAAGGCCAAGAAAAAAGGUCUAGGAGCCAUGCUCAGAUUUGGGAAGAAGAAGGAUGAUAAAGUUGGAAAAGUGGACCAGAAAGGUAACCCAAAGCCUGCUUCUUUGAAAGAGGAGGAAAAUGAUAUUGAAAAGAUGAAGGAAGAACGUGAAAGGAUUAAUGCAAAGCACCAUGAAUUGCGGGAAAAGCAGGCAAAGACAUUAUUAGACUUUAAUGCAAGUCAUGAUAUAGAAGAUGAUGACAUGGACCCCAACUAUGCCAAAGUAAAUCAUUUCAAAGAGCCCCCUCCGCACCUCAGCGUCCACCAUCCUUAUUCUCCCCCCUUGCCUGGCACCCAUCCCCGGGAUGCACAAGUAUCCGCAUCAGAGAGAGAUCACGUCCAAGACCUUUACGCUAAAAUAAACAAGAAGCAGCAGGCACCGGAUGCAAUCGACAGUGGCCGCACAGCAUCUGGGAAUGCAGACCGCAUCCAGCAGCUACGGAUGGAGUACCUGCAAGCAAGACGCGAAGGUUUCCCUUCAUAUGAAGAAGAAAGUGUGACAGAAAGGCCAUCAGAAUAUGAACAAAACUGGGUGGCAACCAGAGGACCUGAAAGCGCCCGUAACUUCCGCUUUGAAGGAAUGGAAAGGCAGUAUGCAUCCCUACCAAGACGAGGACCUUUGGAACCUGUUGAGUACAUGUCUGGACCCCGCACAGUUUAUAAAGAGAGAGAACCUCCAUUAUACUAUGAUGUUGCUCACACCUCUAAAGGUUUAUACCCACUGGUAAACAGAGAAGACAACAAUCAAUUUCCUCCGUAUCAACUGCCACCAACCAAGGGUCCCAUCAGACAAGAUGUUCCGCCUUUCCCACCUCAUGGGCAGAGUUUACCAGACUACGGCCACAAAGGAAGGUCUGCACCAGACAGAUACCAGUAUCGACCUCAAGAUCCAAGACAGAAGAGCCCAAUGACUGCAGCUGUAUAGCCGAAUCUGACUGCCAGUCAGUACAAUACAUAAAGGCUGAAGAAUAACUACUGCAUAGCUUGGUUUAUUAACAACAUAUGCCAAAACAGUUUGACGGAGCCUUAUGAAAAGGUGUUACCACAGUCUUCGUGAAAGCAAUAAUUAUUCAAAGUCCUUUAUGACUGUCUGCAAAAAUCCUUUAAUUGAUAACAGUCUAACUGCAUAUGUAUUAGUAUUUGUAAUCAUUCCCAUAGGUGAAAGGAACAUGGUGGCAGUUUUAUAAUCUAUGGCUAACGUUUCUAACCUUUGAAUCUCUGGCUGUAGUUGGACACCGCGUUCCAUU